AUGGGGCACCCGCCGCCGGCCUCCGAGAGCGACGCGCUGCUGCGCGGGCAAGACCAUGGGUCCUUCUGCUCCAUUUCGCUGUCCAGUGAUCCAACCGAGAAGCUCUCCAAGUCGCGGCUAGACAGGCAACGCAGCGCUCGCAGACGCAGCCGCCGUAGAGCUGGUCUGCUGUCCAUGUUCAGCUGCUUCCGAGCUCUAGUCACGGGGCCGUUCUCCGGUCUCGUCGUUGCAAUCGCGGGGCUGCUAGUGCUCGUGGGCGUGGCCUGCUCCACCAUCGCUUUAGUGGGGAGCUACAGCGCGGACGAGUACUUGUUCCUGGGAGCCAUCGCCUCCAGCGCCUUCACGUUGGUCAUCAUCGUGUCGUUCCUCACGAGUCCCGCGGUGAGAGCGCACCCGAACCCACUGAUCUUCAGCAAGAGCUUGGUAGACCUACUGCUGGCCAUGAUCUACGUGGCGGAGUACUGCGUGACCGAGUUCUCGGCGGACUCGGUCGUGCUGCCGUUCCGCAUCGCCGCGAUCACUCAGGCGCUGCUCAUCGCCGGCGAGUUCUGGUUUUUCGCCAUCCCGAUCGACAUGGUGCAGUCCAUCACGAACCCCUUCACGUCGUACGCGCACAACUUCCGCGUGUAUUGGUUCUACUCGGUGCUCAGUGGGAUAGUGUGCGGCCUUGUGCUCUGGUUCCUGGGCGACGCCGAGGUGGAGUGUGUCGACAAGAACGACACGAGUCCGGACUGCUUGAAGGCGGAGGAUGAAGGAGAUCAACGGUUCAUUUGGUUCCACCAUAACACGGACAUGCCGGGCUUCUUCUGGCACCAGUGGAUCUUGUACCACGUGUGCGUCGUGGUGUAUCUGCUCUUCGGGCUCGCGUGCAUGGCGUACGUCCGCUCUCGGCUACGACGUGGACUGGAGGAGACGUUCGAGGUGCGACGCCGCGUGCUGUCGAACGGAAUGUUGACGUGUGCUGUCUUUAUUUCGUGGUCGUUCCUCAUGAUCUUCCUCUUCGCGAUGACCAACACCGCGACGGUUAAGAGUGUGCUGGGCAGCACGUUGUUCAAGGAGCUCAUCGACCUCAGCGCCUUCAUGCACGCAUCAAGGGGUUGUGUCAACAUUAUCGUCUGGAUCGUGGUCAAUGCGCCAUACUUCCCUUCAGUUUACUCCGAUGAUAAAGCAGCCUCCGCGCUCCAGUCUCCGUGUGGGAAUGGGAUGUCGAUGCGCGGGUCGUUCUCACCCUGCGCUACCAACUCGGAGUGCACCGAAGCGAGCGACAGUAAGCACGACGACUCGCACAAACACGAAGAGAAGCUCAUGAACCCUCAGCUGAAUGUGGCGCUGAGGAAGCAGAUGAUUCACAUGGCUACAAAUGGCAUCAUCGAGUCUAUCCAACAUCACCAUCGGAUGCGACGCGAAAACGGCAACAACCACACGUUCCAGUUGGACUGGCAGCGGUCUCCCCAGCGUCGGAUUCGACAGCUCGUGUCUUCAGCUUCGUCAAGUUAUGACGUGGGGUCCAUGACGAUCCCGCCAAGAUCAAUGCCGAUCCUGCGCGAGAUGAGAAGCUCGACCGUUCGAGUCGUGGAGGAGCCGCGCGACAACCCGAGCAACAUGCGCUUCACCUUCAUGCCCAUGGCGUUGACGGAGAUGCAGUUCUACGACUUCCAGCCGCGAGUGUUCGCUUCGAUUCGUCAGCUGUACGGCGUGAAUGACGCCGAGUACGUCUUCGCGUUCCGCUCGACGAUCAACGAGCGUAUCAGCGAAGGUCGGAGUGGCGCCUUCGUCUUCAACACGUGCGACCGCAAGUACCUUGUGAAGAGCACGACGUCGAAGGAGAAGGACGUGCUAUUGCGACUGCUGCCCAGCUACUUGCGUUACCUCAAGUGGAACCCUGGGACGCUGUUGCCUCGCUUCUUUGGCUUCCACGCCAUGAAGAUGUACGGCCAGAUCUUCUACUUCAUCGUGAUGGGGAACUUCCUGGGCACGACGGAGGUGAUUCAUCGCAGGUACGACAUCAAGGGAUCCUGGGUGGACCGCAAUGCCCCCGCGUGUGUUCUAGGCGAGAAGUACCGCUGCUCGAAGUGCAACCGGUUCUUCACGUUCGGUGGUGCGCCAGGGGAACCGUGCUUUCUACCGGGAGAAGAGCACUAUCCCGACAUCACUCUACGCGAUAACGAUCUCAAGAAGAGGCUGAAGCUGGAUACGGACACCGCGACGAAACUCGUGAAGCAGCUGACGCGAGACAGCAACUACCUCGCCAGCGCCGGCAUCAUGGACUACAGUCUUCUCAUUGGCACGCACUACUCGCACUUCACCAUCACAACAGAGUAUAAGCGAGGGAUUUCACGCCGGAAGUCCGUGGAGCUCACUGCGUUCUGUGCCGACAGUCACGAGCUCAAGACCGACGCAGAGUUCCUCCCUACUCUAGUCGGAACUCAUCGUUCGCCCAGUGAGGACGACGUCCUGUCGGAAGGAACAAGGGCAUCGGAGUCCUCAGAGGUCUCCUUUGGAGGUCGCUUGUCCGAUGUGUCGCAGGGCUCAGUGGGUCCACCCGAGCGCGCGGUUUACCCUCAGAGCCACGCGUAUCACGCGCACCAAGUCUCCGGUCCCAGCAAGUACUACUUCGGCCUGGUGGACAUUCUACAGGAGUGGACGGUGUCGAAGCGGUUAGAGCGCGCCUACAAGGUGCGUGUCCUGAGGAAGUCACGCAAAGGAGUGUCGGCCAUUCCGCCUAAGCCGUACGCCCGGCGGUUCCAGCGCAAAAUGACGCAACUGUUCAUCACGAUGCCGGAGCAUCCGCUCGAAGACGACGAGCCCAACGAUAUCCCGGCGCACCAAGUGUAA